AUGGCCAUGGCGCGUCCCAAAACAGUUCGCGCCCCGACAACAGCCAGUCUUCCAAAUAACCUCCGCAUUCCCUCGUCGACCCCAUCCCUCACAAAAUCCCUGGGCAAGCUAUCCAGACAAGCACUACUGGAUUUGGCACUUACGUGGCUUGACGAUCACAACAUCGCCUCAUUCCCACCAUAUCUACAGGCCGACGAAGCAGAUAGUCCUGACAAUGACGAAGUUCUUCCCUACCCCGCGGGGAAGACAGUUGAAGAAGUCCGCCAGGUAUAUGAAGACCUGCAGGACCGAAAGGGUGCAAAGCGCGAAGUUCUUGAACGAAUUCUGGAAGGCGAUUGGCGGCAUGGAAUCACACUGCGCCAGUUGGCCAUGGUAGACCUUCGCUAUAUGGAUGACCACCCCGCCAAUCUUCGAUGGACCGCACUUGAGCUCAGCCGUGUUGGUAGAAAUUGCAAAAACUCCAAAAGGCUGCCACCCGAAGACUGGUCCAGUUCGGUACCGCGCAUGCAAGCGGCAACAUUUGUGCAAGGCCUCCAACGAGAAAUCUCCCCAUUGGUCAAGGCCCACUACCACCUCGCCCACUCAGCAACGCUGCCACUAACCUUCCUGCGUAUCUUUGUUGUUGAUUCCCCAUACCAAUCCCCUAAACAGACAGCCGAGAUCUUUACUGACUCGUCCCGAGUCAUCUAUAUCGCUUUCCCGGACAGUUGCCCUUACGUCUACACUUCCAUAGCAGCAUCCACUGGACCAAAAUCUGCCCCGUUGACAAGCUCAGUGGCUACUGAUACUCGAACUCUUCAGCGUCUGGUGCGCGAUUCCAUCCCCAAAGCUUUAUCUCGCCCACAACAACGAUUUUCGCUGCAGGCGACGUCCCUGGCAGCAAAGAAUUUACCCACACUUCUAGCCCUCCGCGGACCGGGGCGAUCUACGGCAUCGAACGGCGCCUUCAGCAUCUUUGCCGACGCCGCCAUUGAAGGGAGCCCGUUGGAUCCUCGACCUUCCAAUACGGUCUCGUCUGAAGAGCAUAUCCAAGCGAGUUAUUGCGGCCCAGCAGAAGGCAAACAAAGCACAGAUAGAUCAGCGAUCAAACGGAGAUCCGGCGCUAGUGAUGCAGGUCCCCUCUCUCCUGAUUCAAAAAAACGCCGUCUGGCCAUCCAAUCCCGAUUCGGAACAUUGGAGUCAUCACUCGCCCCGGCCCCGCUGGACCGUCUUGACAUCAGACUCCUCGAUAAACCGGGAUUUAGUGGGGAGGAAGAUGGCAAUUCUCAUGAUUCUACGUCCACGCUACCUGCGGUGUCACUCACUUUCUCUGGCUCAGACGUCAUCGGCGGGAUUCGCAAACUUGCCGAGCUAGGUAUCGUCAACCCUGAGCGUAUGCCUUCUUGGAUGACUGGCGAGGAAGGUAUUAGUGUCGCGACUGUGCGUCGUGGCCAGCGGCUUCAAAGGGAUAUGUAG